GUCGUGUCAGUGUCACUGUCAUAAUUAUGUUGGAUGCACGCACUGCACGCAGAUUUGUUUGUGUUUUGUGGUAAUUGCGGUUAUACGCACUCCGCAGGUAUUAAUUAUAGCGCGCGUUCGAGUUAUUUUAACCUGCGUCUUUUAGUUAUACGGUGCUUACUAAAACAACAAAGAGACUAAGUCAAACAAUGCAAGAACAAGAUAUUGAAAAGUUAUAUUUUGUACCUUUCAAAGCUGUGCAAAAAGUGGCAAAAUUUAUUAGAAACGCAACUAAAUGGGAAAAAGAAGCAUGCCACCGAAGCCUGCUGAAUCUCCAGGACACACAAAAUCGCUUCCACAAACUUGAACCACACUCAAAAUUAUUUAUGAAAAACAUUUUCUUCAAAUGUGUGAGGUCUGCUAUAUAUUCUCAUAAUUGGGAUAAGCUCUUAUAUAUCCUUACAAAAAGUACUAUUAGGGAUAAUAGAAGAUGCCUAUAUCAAGAAGAAACUAAUAUUGAAAGGCUAAAGUUCUAUCUAAAGGCAUUUACAAUACUAUUGAUGAACCACCCAUACGCCAGAGCGCAUGGUCUGCUCGAAGACUACAUGCACAUGGUGCUGUCAUGCCGUACACGGGAGAGCAGGCAAGCGGUACUGAAGGUGCUUGUGACGUUGACCGACACUCUCUAUUCUAAAGUGUUGGCAAACAGGAAAAAGAGAUUGGAGAGAGAUUUGGAUGGACUGGUUGAACAUUUUUAAAAUACCUGUGCUGUUUUUUGUGUCAUAAGCAAAAUAAUACCAAUGUUAUUCAAACAUGGAAUGUAUUUCCAGUUUCUUAAUUGCUGUGUUAAAUAGAUAAGUUUAUUUAGGAUUAUAUGUAUGUUAAUUUGAUUUAUCAAUAAAACGGAAUAA